AAAACCCAGAAAAACGAGGGAGACAGCAGAGUAUAGCAGAAGCUGAGGAGAAAAAGAGAGCGCUAAGCACCAGCAGUUAUGGCGCGCACACUGUCCUACAUCUCCGGCACCCAGCUUCUCUCCCUCAAACGCCGUCCCAACAUCGCCAUCGUCGACGUCCGUGAUGAUGAGAGAAGUUACGAUGGACAUAUUGCUGGAUCCCUCCAUUUCUCUAGCGAAACCUUCUUGGAUAAAAUCCCUAAUCUUGUUCAACAAGUUCAAGGCAAAGAUACCCUCGUCUUCCACUGUGCUCUUAGUCAGGUACGGGGCCCAAAGUGUGCACGGAGACUGGCAGAACAUCUUGCUGAAACAACUCAAGAUGCCGGAAUAAAAAACAUAAUGGUUCUGGAACGCGGCUUUAAUGGAUGGGAAUCUGCUGGUAGACCUGUUUGUCGCUGCACUGAUAAUCCAUGCAAGGCUGAAAUUGUGUAGCAUUAACUUCUAAGCUUGAAGACGAAUCUUUUGUAUUCUUGACAUGUCCCAACUUAUUUCCUUGAUAAAGUACAUACUUGUGAAUGUUGUUAAUUGAUCAAACUUCUAACUUUGAGGUACAUUAUCUUGCUGAAACGCACAGUAUAUACAUCAAAGAGUGAUAAUUUUAACA